AUGUAUAGGCAGAUUGUUGUUGACGACUGCCACACUCCGUUGCAAAGAAUAUUCUGGCGGAAAGAUUCAUCGAGCGUCGUGCGUGUAUUGGAAUUAACAACGGUUACAUACGGCACGGCAUCUGCACCCUUUUUGGCCACAAGGGCCCUUAAGCAGCUGUCCAUCGACGAACGAGAUAAGUUUCCUAUGGCAGCGGAUAUAGUCGACAAAAAUUUCUACGUCGAUAAUGGCUUGUUUGGAUACGACGACUUAUCACAAGCACGCGAUGCGCAAAACCAAUUGAUUCACUUGCUGAAGGCCGGUGGAUUCCAUUUGCACAAAUGGUCAUCGAAUAGUUUAGAGCUGUUGGAGACCAUUCCUGAAGCGGAUCGAGAGCAGCUAGUAAGUUUUGAAGAAUCCGGAGCCAACGAAGUCAUUAAAAUGCUUGGAUUAAUGUGGAAUCCUUCAACGGACGAGCUGCUGUUCGUAUCAAUGCCCACCUGUGAUAUAGAAACGCCAACCAAACGACAAGUUUUAUCCUUGAUAGCCAGAAUGUUUGAUCCUUUGGGGUUGGUGUCUCCAGUAGUUAUCAUUGGCAAACUUCUUAUGCAGCAAACCUGGAAGGAAAACAUUGAUUGGGAUGAACAAAUUACAGGAGAGUUGUUGAAAAAUUGGAAAUACUUCCUUGUCGCUAUCGCCGGAAUCAAUCAACUGCACAUACCACGUCAAGUACUGGUGACCAAUGCUGCUCACUUUGAGCUGCAUGGCUUUGCGGAUGCUUCUCAAGGUGCAUUAGGAGCCUGUGUCUACAUUCGAUCCGUGAUCCCUGGUCUGGAUGCCGUAGUUAAACUACUUUGUGGGAAAUCGAAAGUAGUUCCAAAGGCAGCUCUCACAAUUCCUCGCAAGGAACUAGCGGCUGCGUUACUGCUGCAUCGUCUCGUGCGAAAAAUUAUUUCUUCCUCGAAUUUGCUUUUCAGUGCAAUCGUGUUGUGGUCUGACAGCCAAGUGGUUCUCGCAUGGUUGAAGAGAAAUCCCAGCCUACUAGAAAUUUUCGUGCGAAACAGAGUAUGUGAAAUUAUCUCUACUGAGAAUGAUUUUGAAUGGAGAUACGUAAAAACUUCCGAGAAUCCAGCCGAUGUGGUUUCUCGGGGUCAAUCAGCCAUUAGGUUAGCAACGAACAAUUUAUGGUGGAGUGGUCCAUUGUUCUUGAAAAGUGAUCCUUACGAGAUUGAAACUCCUACCCAACUAUGCGAUGAUGAUAUUCCAGAAAUGAAGUGUGUUGCCGUGGUGCAUACGGUUGUGCGUUAUGAAAUUUAUGCGGGAAUUUAA